ACUUCUCUCCAAGUGGAUGAGGAACCACUAGACAAUCAUACCACAGUAACAGAGUUCAUUUUCUUGGGCUUCACAGACAAUCCACGGCUAGAAAUUGCCCUCUUUGUGGUGUUUUUCUUCAUUUACCUGGCAAAUGUGUUGGGAAAUGUGGGCAUGAUUUUCCUGAUCAUCGCUGAUGAGCAGCUCCACACACCCAUGUAUUUUUUCCUUUGCCACCUCUCGUUAGUGGACCUGGGCUACUCUACCGCCAUUGCCCCACGCAUGCUGGCUGACUUCCUACGCCAACGCAAAGUCAUCUCCUUCUCCAGCUGUGCUACACAAUUUGCAUUUUUUGUGGGCUUUGUGGAUGCUGAAUGCUAUGUCUUAGCUGCCAUGGCAUAUGACCGCUACAUGGCCAUCUGCCGACCUCUCCAUUAUACCACAGUCAUGUCAAAGCAAGUCUGUCUGGUAUUGGUGAUUGGUUCCUAUGUAAUCGGUCUUAUAAGCUUGGUAUCCCACACCAGCUUGACUUUCAGCUUGAAUUUCUGUGGUUCAAACAUCAUCAACCAUUUCUUCUGUGAGAUCCCUCCACUCCUAGCAUUGUCUUGCUCUGACACUUAUGUGAGUGAGAUCCUCCUCUUCAGCCUCUGCGGCUUCAUUGAGUUGAGCACCAUCCUCAUUAUCUUGAUCUCCUACCUCUUCAUCUUUGUUGCCAUCUUGAGGAUCCGUUCUGCUGAGGGUAGACGCAAAGCAUUCUCCACCUGUGCUUCCCAUCUCACUGGGGUCACAUUGUUUUAUGGGACAGUUAUGUUUAUGUACUUGAGGCCAACAUCCAGCUACUCAUUAGACCAGGACAAAUGGGCCUCUGUGUUCUACACAGUUGUGAUCCCAAUGCUGAACCCCCUAAUCUAUAGCCUGAGGAACAAAGAUGUGAAGGAAGCUUUCAAAAGAGUUAUCAGCAAGAAAAUUUUAUCCCAGUAA